AGAUAAUAACUUUGCUUUCCUAAAACAUACAAUUUAUUUUAAAAAGAAGAGAAAAAAAAAAAACUUGAUAAUGAUUUUGCAAGAAGGCUUGCCGCUUCUCUACCAGCAGUUCACGGCGUUGUUCGGGAAGAAUCUAUUGCUUUCAUGGCGGAACAAGAGAGCCACGUGUCUUCAACUCUUCUCUUCAUUCUUCUUCAUCCUUGUCAUCUUUUGUAUAGAGGAAGCCAUGAAGGCAAGCGACGCAUCCUCAACAGCGUACAAGAAUAUCACUGAUCCUACACUAUUGGUUUCCCCACCGAUUCUUCCUUGUGAGGACAAGUUCUUUGUGAAGCUUCCUUGCUAUGACUUCGUGUGGAGUGGGAACCAUAGUCGCCGCGUUACUGAUAUCGUCUCUGCAAUUAUGGCUAACAAUCCAGGGAGACCAAUUCCAACCAACAAGGUUCAAUCGUUCAAGGAGCCUGAUGAGGUAGAUGCAUGGCUUCUGUCACAUCCCUUGCAAGUUCCAGGAGCUUUGCAUUUUGUGGAAAGGAAUGCUUCAGUAAUCAGCUAUGGUAUUCAAACAAAUUCUUCCUCGGAGAGAAAACGUGGUCAGACUGAAGAUCCUACGUUUAAGUUUCUUGUUCCUCUUCAAGUCGCUGCAGAGCGUGAAAUCGCAAGGUCCUUAAUUGGAGAUCCAGAUUUUGGUUGGGGUUUGGGAUUUAAGGAAUUUGCACGACCAGCUAUUAUAACUGAAACUACCUCUGCACUCUCAGUCAUGGGACCAGUGUUCUUCCUUGCUUUCUCCAUGUUUGGUUUUGUUCUCCAACUCGGUUCCCUGGUUACCGAGAAAGAGCUCAAACUUCGGCAGGCAAUGACAAUGAUGGGUGUUUAUGAUUCUGCAUAUUGGUUGUCAUGGCUCUUAUGGGAAGGAAUCCUUACUUUUGUCUCCUCACUUUUAUUGGUCCUCUUUGGAAUGAUAUUCCGGUUUGAUUUUUUCUUGAAGAACAGUUUUGUUCUUGUCUUCCUACUUUUCUUGCUCUUUCAGUUUAAUAUGAUUGGCCUAGCAUUUGCGCUAUCAUCUAUUAUUAGCAAAUCAUCUUCGGCAACAACCGUCGGUUUCCUUGUGUUUUUGAUUGGUUUUAUAACACAGAUUGUAUCAGCUACUGGAUUCCCUUAUUCCAGCGCUUAUGCGGUUUCUCGUCGGGUGAUGUGGUCUCUUUUUCCACCAAACACUUUUUCUGCGGGACUUAAGCUUCUUCUUGAUGCAACCUCAACUCCCAAAAGCUCUGGAAUCAGUUGGAGUAAUAGAGCCGUAUGUGAAGGGGGCCAAGCGACUUGCGUAAUUUCUAUUAACAUUAUCUACCAGUGGCUCCUUGGGACAUUCCUAUUCUGGUUUGUUCUGGCCAUCUACUUUGACAAUAUUAUUCCCAACUCGUCCGGUGUAAGAAAACCGAUCUUCUACUUUUUAGCACCUGGUUAUUGGACUGGCAAAGGGGGCAACAAAGUGGAAGAAGGUAGCAUUUUUAGCUGUAUUGGUUCAGUUCCACCCGUGGAGCAUAAUACGCCAGAUGACAAAGAUGUGCUUGAAGAAGAGACAGAAGUUAAACAACAAGCAAUGGAUGGAAUAGUUGAUCCUAACAUUGCAGUUCAGAUACAUGGUCUUGCAAAGACAUAUCCUGGGACUACAAAGCUUGGAUGCUGCAAAUGCACCAAAACUUCGCCUUUUCAUGCUGUAAAGGGUUUGUGGAUGAAUAUUGCCAAAGAUCAGUUGUUUUGUCUUCUUGGACCUAAUGGCGCGGGAAAAACAACUACUAUUAGUUGUUUGACUGGCAUAAAUCCAGUUACUGGUGGUGAUGCUCUUAUAUAUGGAGACUCCAUAAGAAGUUCCGUGGGUAUGUCUAACAUUCGUAAAAUGAUAGGAGUGUGUCCUCAGUUUGAUAUUCUUUGGGAUGCUUUGUCUAGUGAAGAACACCUCCACCUCUUUGCUAGCAUCAAAGGAUUGCCACCAGCAUCGAUCAAAUCGACUGCUGAGAAGUUACUGGCGGAUGUAAAACUGACAGGAGCUGCGAAAGUUAGAGCAGGAAGUUAUAGUGGUGGAAUGAAACGUCGACUCAGUGUUGCGGUAGCACUUAUCGGUGAUCCCAAGCUGGUCUUCCUAGAUGAACCGACAACUGGCAUGGACCCUAUCACGAGGAGACAUGUGUGGGACAUUAUACAAGAGUCAAAGAAAGGUCGUGCCAUCAUACUAACGACGCAUUCUAUGGAAGAAGCUGAUAUUUUAAGUGAUCGAAUAGGGAUCAUGGCUAAAGGCAGGCUCCGCUGCAUUGGGACCUCAAUCAGGUUAAAAUCCCGCUUUGGUACCGGAUUCGUUGCUAACGUUAGCUUCAUCGAAAGCAAAAAUGACAAUAACAUCGGUGUUGGAGCUUCGCACGAGCCAUUGAAGAAAUUCUUUAAAGAGCAUCUGAAAGUUGAGCCAACAGAAGAAAACAAAGCUUUCAUGACUUUUGUUAUCCCACACGACAAAGAAAACCUUUUGACGGGGUUUUUUGAGGAGCUACAAAACAGAGAAUCUGAAUUUGGAAUCUCGGACAUCCAACUCGGUCUUGCGACUCUUGAAGAAGUGUUUCUCAACAUCGCAAGACAGGCUGAACUAGAAAGCGCAACAGCCGAAGGAAACAUGGUCACUCUGGAGUUAAAAUCAGGCAUCUCACUAGAGAUACCUGUGGGAGCAAGAUUUGUUGGGAUCCCUGAUACAGAAAACGCAGAGAAUCCAAGUGGGGUAAUGGUGGAAGUGUACUGGCAACAAGACGGGUCGGGAUCGAUGUGCAUCUCAGGACACUCACCAGAGAUGCGGGUGCCACAGAAUGUUCCGGUGACACGUCCACCAUCACCAGAUACAUUAGGACAUAAAGGCCUACGACAAGGGGUUCGUGGUGUCGUGAUUGAUUUAUGAAUCCAAUGAUUCAUUGAUUUUGUCCUUGUUCUAGUGAUUGGGUUUUUCUAAUAUAGUAUAGGGGUUAAAGUUGUAGAGGAAGUUUACAUUGAGUUUCUUGUUUGUUUGACAAAAGUAUGCACAUUAUAAAUAGUUGCUGACAUAUGUAUUCAUAACCUAAUUAAAAAAAUAGACCAAGGAAAUUAAAAUU